AUGGCUUCCUUGUCGUCGACUUCUUCAGCGUGCAGGCAAUGCCUCUCGCGCGUCGCUCUUCCACGCACAAGGCCGUCAAUUCGUCUCUUCUCAGCAUCCACAUCGGCGCAACCAGCCCUGUCAUCGUCAAAGAGAAUCUCAAGAAGUAGAAGACGCUUGUCGACGAGUGCUCCCAGGCCUCAGAUUGCUCAGUUGAGCCGUGACUCGCCUGCUAUCCAACACCGCCCCGAAGACUUUGCUACCGACCGCAGCCGCGAGCUUCUACAACCAGGAAACCUGUUCCACUCUUUCAGCGAUUCGCCCUCUCCCGCCAUUCGCAAACGCGCCGCUUUCAUCAAGCAAAAUGCAUACUGCCCUCAUCCCGACCACUCAGCCACCCGUCAACCAACUAGUCCCGAUGACAUUGAGGUCCGAAAGACGGGCACUAUGCCUCCCGCACACGUCCGUUAUGAAUGCCCGGACUGUGGCAUUCCCGUAGCUUGCUGUGAAGAGCAUUUGGCCGACGACUACGAAGCCCACUUGGCCAUCUGCGAUACCCUCCGUGAGAUCAAUGAGGAUGAUCACGACCUUGUCUCUGGACGCUUCUUCCCUGAGUUCGAAUACCCUGGUCCGCAGAUCGACGAGGCCCAGGUCAAUUUGACCAACUGGGAUACCAUGCUGUACUCGCGCGAGUUCAACGCCAUCAACGACGAGCGCAGUCUCCGCCAAGCUACUCGCCUGCUCACAUACCCUGCCACUGUUGCCAGCGUUCUUCACGAACUGAGCCCUUACAAUGUGCGCAACCGCCUGACUCCAGAGGGUCUCAAGAGUUUCACUGCCCUCCAAUACACAUUACACCCUCCUCGUUCGGGUGCUGGUGACGGAAUCAAGGGCCUGCGUCCCACAGCUCCGCCAGUUCGCUUGUUCUGUAUUGGUGCUCGUGCAGAGUCGUCUUUGCCACGUGAGGUAUGGCAGCAAUUAGCCUGGCUCUUCCCCCGCUCUACCUUCCACCUGAUCUUCAUCGGCCCUGAAAGUAUGGCAAACCGAGACGACGAGUACCCUCUUCCUCCCCGCACCCCUCAGAAUCCCUUUGGUGCCAUUGUCGAAGAUCGCAUCAGUCACCAGUUGAAGGUCACCACAUACGUUGAGUACUUCCACAACUUGCACAACGCCCAAGUCUUUUACCCAUAUGACCCUUACUUUGACGCCUUUGUGCUGUUCCAUCCUGGUCUGGGCCACCCUGCCAGCUCUCACGAAUGGCAAGACACUAUCCGUCCACUAUUGGACACUAAGGUGCCCAUUAUUGCCACGGGCUACACAGAGUACGACAUGAAGCGUGACAUCGAGUGGGUACGCAACACCGUUGGCGACGAGAUGGAUAUUCUGCUCCAGCCAGGCGAGAACCGUUUCCGCAGUCUUCGCUGGGAUCUCAACGACCUCGAUCCUCAAGACGUCAGUGCUGGCAAUUGGGGUGUCUGGGCUUUCAGAGGCAAGAGAUACGAGACUCAAAUGCGCGACUCAUAA